AUGGCGCCUCAGGCACCAGAGCUGCCGACCAAAUUCCCAUGCUGGUGUCGAGCAGUAUACUCAUGGGGAGGUGAAUCAAAGCAAGACUUGGGGUUUAUCGAAGGUGAUCUGAUAGAGUGUCUUAAUGCUGGAGACGGAUCAUGGUGGACCGGUCGUUUACGACGCGACAGGCGCAUGGUCGGUGUGUUUCCAUCGAACUUUGUGAAGGUCCUGGAAGAUGACUUUGUGCCGGCUACACGCUCUAUUAGCCCUCUUCCGCCGGUAACAGAUAGCCCAUCAAAUGCCCCGUUGUAUGCGCCCAAAAAGGAGAAGACCAUCUUCAGGAAGCCUUUCCAAGGUUACAAGCAAGUCCUGGGCCCCUCCGCAGAGCUGGCAAAGAAGAAUGCAGAGAAAGAGACAGAAGCACCAACUGUGCCUGAACCACUUCCACGUGGACGCAAAUCUGUCAUAAACAGGACUCCGCGGCGGAAAUCUACGUCUCGUGUUCAUCCACGGGCAGUCUCUCCUGCCCAACCGGCGCGGCAACCAACGCCUCUACCCACUCGAAAUGCCAACUCGCAACAACCCGAGAGACAACCAACUCCUCAACCUGAAAGGCAACCAACUCCACAGCCAGAACGACAGCCUACACCACAACCAGAACGGCAGCCAACUCCACAGCUGGCAUUGGCUCCAAUGCAACCACCACCGAUGAUGAUACCAGCCGAGCCUCGUGAAUUUGAACCUGAAUCUUCACCUCCUCCACCGCCCCCUCCGCCACAUAGAAUUGCAGUUCGAAGACAACCUUCAUAUGUACAGCCUGAAUCUUCCAUGCAUGACCAUCAGUAUCAGCAAGAAAACCAUGAAUUCCGGCCCGCUUCUAGGACGCCGUCGCCCUAUCCACCUUCCCCAGGAACUCACCACCGUCAUACACCUUCUCCACUGCGGGAUGCCAUGGAAGACGUAAUGUCUUCUUUACAAGGCAUGAGUAUGCCUCAUGAUCCUCAUUCAGAACCACAGCGGACCCCCUCUCCAUUCAAUCCAUGGUCGCCCGCAGCAUUCGAUAAUCUACGUGGUCCACCAAGUCAACAGUUUGCUGGCCGACCGUCUACUUCACUCGGACUAGGGAACAGCCAAUACAGUCGCCGAGGUAGCCACUUCGCCCAUAAGUCAUCAGAGAGUUUCCAUGACCGCUUCCAGGAUGGUCCUCCGCAGCUUGGUAACUACGUUCAGAGAAUGGAGUCUCGUCUAAGGCAGUUGCACAACCAAGAAGAAGGCUCUGACAGAGGGAAUCCUAUGCUUAUAGAAGAUGAUGACAACCCCCCUCCGCCACCUCCUAGGAGAGGAGAAUAUAAUUAUUCACCUUCGCAGCAAAUGAUUACAAGGACACGGGGUUUAACUUACGACUCAGGGCGGGAUACUCUUGGACGGACAUUUACCACGAGAUCCAUUGCUACCAAUUCAUCUUCUGGAGUCCAAAGCAAUACAACACACAGCACUGCAAGCACAAGUGCCACCAACCCAAGCCUCAUGAGUGGUACAUCUGCAGGCGGAUUUAGUGCUACUAGUGCUGGUAGUUUCGCAAAGCGCCAUCAACAGACAUCCCAACUGAGACACGGGAUGUUUAGGUCCUUCGAUGGCACUAGGUCAGGUGGUUUUACUGGAUUUGGCGAUGAUGCCGCUGGGGAACAAAGAUCGUACACCCCGAUGACGUCUCAAUCCGGAAGUUAUCCUCAUCUACCCCAAGAUGACCCCAGACAAGGAGCUACUUCCGCUGUUGGCUGGACUGAAUAUAACAAGCAUGAAGAGUCACCUGGUAUCUUUGGAGGAUUAACAACUCCUAAAUCAAAAAAGACUGGUUUCUUAAAAAAGAUGAUCGAAUCUGCAAAAACAGGAGCUGCAACCGCGCGAAGUAGUAUUGCUACUGCGCAGCAUAUUCGUUCGUUGUCUCCAACCAAGGGGCUUCUUUCGGGUGGUGUUGGACGCUUUUCUCCGACAAAGGACCGAGAUACUACCGCUGACACAGGCCUAGGAGGUAAUGACUGGGUUCAGGUCCGCAGAGAUGUUAAUCGUGCAACUUCUCCCAGCCGCAAUGAGCUGGUGGAGAGAGCAGAGCGGUGCCAGAUGAUGGACUAUCCUGUCAUAUAUGCAGUUGAGGAGCUGUAUGAAUGUGCCGAAGGCGAUGAAGGGCUGGAUGGAUUACCGGUAACGGAACCCACCAAUUGGGCUGCAGUAAAUCUACAACUUGUGGAUAAAAGCUCCCGGUUCAUCAACAGUUUACCUCCAAUGACAAGCCCAGCGAGCUUGGCUCAAGGCUUUGUUUGCAGACCUCAUCGGAGUGAUGUUCAACGUUUACGAGCAAUAUUCACUUGGGUUGCAGAGAAAAUCGUAUGGGAUGAAGAAAUUGAGGGAGAAGUUGAUGUACGGAGGGUAAUUCAAAUGAAACGAGGUAGUCCCCGAGAAGUGGCUGUCUUGGUGAUGGAAAUGUGCGAUGCUGUCGGUCUCCAUGCUGAAGUCGUUCAGGGAUACCUGAAAACACCCGGUGAACAAUUGGAAUUUGACGGUUAUACACGUGUCAACCACUGGUGGAACAAUGUGCUCAUCGAUGGUGAAUGGAGGGUUAUGGACUGUUCACUUGCCAGCCCAACCCACCCACGGAGAGCACUCUAUUCAAGCUUUAAUCCCCAGGCUGCGGAGACAUGGUACUUCCUGGCGCGCCCAAUGGAGAUAUGUUACACCCAUAUACCCCUUGCACCCGAACACCAGCAUAUAUGUCCUCCGAUUAGUCCGGAUGUCCUUCUUGCACUACCAUGUGCCUGUCCCGCGUAUUUUAAGAAUGGUCUCCAUAUGCCAACUUAUGACACUAGCCUUGUCCGUCUCACGGAUUUGGAAAUGUUACAAGUUAGGGUUCUUGUUCCACCUGACAUUGAGUGUAUCGCAGAGGUCGAGGCCAUUGCCUUUGCUCGUGAUGCUGACGGGGACGUUUUUGAGAGCGGUGACAUUAUUACCAAGCGUGCGCUGGCUCAACCUGAUUGGAUACAGGGACAGAAGCGAUUUACUAUCAAAGCUGCGCUUCCCGGUGACGAGGGACAAGGAGUUUUAAAGGUAUAUGCUGGAAAGAAAGGGCUCAUGCAUUCUAUCAAGGAUAUACCCCAUGCUCUGGCCUUCGCUCUUCCAAUCACUCACACUGGAGACAACCCCCCGUACGAAUUUGUUAUCCGUCAUCCAACUCCCCAUGCUCAAAGACACGAUCUAUAUGUCAUCCAACCUCAGUGCGCAAGACUUACCAUUAAUAAUACUUUCGUCUUUGCUGUCCGCCAACACCCCUCGUCUCUACCAUCGUCUCCCAAAGCGGAGGAGCCCAGUGGACGUGUAUCGCCAAACCCUUUUGCUAGGCCGUCUAGUGCGUUAAGUAUGGUGUCUUCCGUUGCUACCAUAUCCAAUGCGUCCACUACGUCCUCAACUGUCUCGAGCAACUAUAAACACCAAAAUUCUCGAGAAAAACCAGCAAAACUGGCUAUACAAACACCAUCUGGGAAAAUUUUAAGGCUGAGUCGAAAAGCAGACCAUAUGAUCACUACAAGCUCCGAUGCCGAGUCUGGAUUUGACGGUCCUCCAGACGGCAGUGUCUGGGAGACAGUCAUCAAGGUCAGCGAGCGUGGUGUUUGGAGAGGGCUGGUCCUCGCUGACCGGACAGCGAGGUGGUGUGUUUGGGGCGAGUGGGAGUGCUUCUGA